AUGACUGAAUUGCUGCUUGAUCCAGCCAUCCGAACAUGGGUUUUUUUGCCGGUUAUCCUGAUUACAUUUUUGGUUGGAGUACUGCGGCACUAUGUAGCUUUGAUAUUCACGAGCAGGAAGAAGCUGGAGUUGCAGCAAGUGCGAGAUAGUCAAUAUUUGAUACGUUCCCGAUUAUUGCGAGAAAAUGGACGGUUUUUGCCGAAAGCAUCGUUUAAUAUGCGGAAGAACUUCUUGCUGAAUGAAGAAAACGGUUAUAUAACAAAGGGCAUGCGGCGACCAUCACAGAUGCAGAAUCCGAUGGCUGAUCCAACAAUGAUGAUGGAUAUGUUGAAGGGCAAUUUGUUCAACGUUCUACCGAUGAUCGUCAUCGGUGGUUGGAUAAACUGGACGUUCAGUGGUUUCGUGACAACUCGAGUUCCAUUUCCACUUACACUGAGGUUUAAGCCAAUGCUUCAGAGAGGAAUUGAACUGGCAUCCUUGGACGCUGCAUGGGUAUCAUCCGCUUCAUGGUACUUCUUAAACGUAUUUGGUCUACGGGCAAUCUAUACUUUGGUACUGGGUGAAGACAAUGCAGCCGAUCAAUCGCGGAUGAUGCAAGAACAGAUGAGCGGUGCAGCAAUGGCAAUGCCACAAGAUCCGAAACAAGCUUUCAAAGCAGAAUGGGAAGCUCUUCAGAUGACAACACACCAGUUCAUAUUGGAUAAGUGA